UGCUCCAUGGCUCUCCUACUACUAUCCCUCUUAUCCCUCUUCCUCUUCGCCGUCCCCGCCGUGCGCGCUGCUCCCCCGGAACCCGUGUACGACACCGACGGCCACCCGCUGCGCCGUGGCGAGUCGUACUACGUCCUGCCCGUCAUCCGCGGCGGCGGCCUCACUCUCGCGCAGCGCCACCGCAUGUGCCCGCUGUACGUGGCCCAAGAACCCCAAGAAGUCAAAAUGGGCCUGCCGGUGACGUUUUCGCCUGUCGACAGCGCCGCCGCAGCCGACGACACUGUCCGUCUGUCGACGGACGUCAACGUGCGGUUCGACGUCGUGACAGUCUGCGUGCAGUCGACCGUCUGGCGGCUCGGGGACACGGAGGGGGGAGAAGGCCGGCAGCAGCGGCGGUUCGUGGCGACGGGCGGCGUGCAGGGGAGCCCGGGCCCGGAUACCGUCAGCAAUUGGUUCAAGAUCGAGAAGUUUCUGGACAGAGGUUACAAGAUCGAGUUUUGUCCGAGCGUCUGCAGGUUUUGCAAGGUCGUGUGUGGGGAUGUGGGUGUGGUUAGCGAGGAUGGGAAGAGGCUCCUGGGGCUAAGUGAUGCGCCGUUCCCAGUUAUGUUUAAGAACGUUAAGUCCAAAGCUUAAUAAUUAAGGGGAUCGUGCAUACAAUAUAAAUAGUAUGAAUAAGUUCUUCCUAGCUAUAUAUAUAGUACUGUGAUGAGAGUUUAAGAGAUGUAUAAGAUGUACCGGAUUUGGUAUAUGUAAUCUUAAUGUUGUGUUAUGAUCAUAUCAUGUUUUAGGGCGGAUCUUUGUAGUUUGCUUGGUAAUUAUAACAUGGCCCGAA